CAAACCUGCUGUUUUUUUAUCAUCUUCCUGCUAAACAAAACUCUCAUAUUUAUACUCUUCAUUAUUCAACAUUACCAAACAUCAAAGAAAAAAGUAUACUGUGAAAACAUUAAUUGAUUUAGAAGAUGAAGUUUGGGAAAGAGUUCAAGGCACAAAUGGUGCCCGAAUGGCAAGAAGCUUACAUGGACUAUGAUUUUCUCAAAACCCUUUUGAAGGAAAUCCAAAGAUUCAAGCUCAGAACCAAACCACCGCCACCACCACCACACUCCACCACCAAUCAUGGUGGCCUCAAUAGGAGGAUGACACUGUACAGAGCUUUCAGUGGCUUGAUACAGAAAAAUAACAGCCCGUCUUCUCCCGGUGACGUUGAAAGCCAGCCCAUUUUUGUGAAUUCAGUGAACCGUGACGGGUCUCAAAGCUAUGAGACUACUUUUCUUAUGUCUUCCGAUGAAGGGGGAGAGUAUGAGACGGUUUACUUUAGGAGGCUGGAUGAAGAGUUCAAUAAGGUGGAGAAGUUUUACAAAGAAAAAGUUGGUGUGGUUAUGGAAGAAGCUGCGAUGUUGAACAAGCAAAUGGAUGCUUUGAUUGCUUUCAGAAUCAAAGUUGAGAAUCCUACAGGAUGGCACGAUCGGUCUGCUGAUAUGACUCGUCUCGCUUCUGAUGUUGCUGUUUCUGCUGCUGCAUUGUCUGCUUCCACUCCUUCUGGAGCCAGAGCCAGCAGAAAAUAUCCGGUUAUGGAUGUGAUCGAAGAAGCGUCAAGCCAGCACGAGAGAUCGGAUGAGUCUACCCAUCAUAAUAGAGAAGAGGAUGACGAGGAGGAGGAUGAGAGUAUCCGAAAGGCGGAAGCAAGGAAGCGGAAUAAAGUUAAAGGAAUUAAACCGGCUCCGCUGGAAGUAUUAAAUCAUGUGACAAUUAAUAACACUCGUGAGACUCCUAGAUCCACCAUUAAAGGUGUCCUCAAAGUUCCUCAGCAUGCAGAGCUCAAAUUCACAAGGGAUAAUCUUAGGAAAGUUGAGGAGCAACUCAAGCGUGCUUUCGCUGAAUUUUACCAGAAGCUUCGCCUUCUUAAGAGUUUCAGUUUCUUGAACACAUUAGCCUUUUCCAAAAUCAUGAAGAAGUAUGACAAGAUUACUUCAAGAGAUGCAUCAAAAGCUUACAUGAAAAUGGUAGAUUCGUCCUGUUUCGGAAAUUCUGAUGAGGUAAUCAAAGUUAUGGAAAGGGUAGAGGCAACAUUCAUUAAGCAUUUCUCAAACUCGAAUCGGAGUAAGGGGAUGAGCGUCUUAAGACCGAAAGCUAAAAGAGAAAGACACAGAACAACCUUCUCCAUGGGUUUCUUUUGUGGAUGCACAAUAGCUCUAAUAGUAGCCCUUGUUUUAACAAUUCGUGCUCAUCAUAUCAUGGAUAAACCAGGGAGAGAAACUUAUAUGAGAACCAUGUUUCCACUUUACAGCUUGUUUGGGUUCAUUGUGCUGCACAUGCUAAUGUAUGCUGCUGAUAUAUACUUCUGGAGGCGAUAUCGAGUUAAUUACUCCUUCAUAUUUGGUUUCAAACAAGGAACAGAACUAGGGUCUCGACAAAUUCUUUUUCUGGGUUUCGGUAUAGCCACAUUAGCACUCAUCUCUGUGCUAUUAAACCUUGACAUGGAGAUAGAUCCUAUAACUGCAGACUAUCAUAAAUUUACUGAACUUCUUCCAAUGCUUCUGGUUAUAUUUCUAAUUGUCUUGGUGUGCUUGCCGCUCAAUGUCUUGUAUCGGCCAGCUCGAUUCUUCUUCCUCACUUGUGUCUUUCACUGCAUUGCUGCUCCUCUCUACAAGGUACAUAGACAUCAACAACAACAUGUUACACUACCAGAUUUCUUCUUGGCAGAUCAACUAACUAGUCAGGUUCAAGCUAUAAGAAGUCUGCAGUUCUAUGUCUGCUACUAUGGUUGGGGAGACUAUACGCACAGAGAAACCACUUGUAAAUCAAGUGAUGUGUUCAAUACCUUCUACUUCAUUGUUGCUGCCAUUCCAUAUUGGGCCCGUCUUCUUCAGUGUCUUCGGCGCCUGUUCGAAGAGAAAGACAUAAUGCAAGGAGUGAAUGGAGGAAAAUAUUUUAUAACAAUAGUAGCAGUUUGCUUAAGGACAGCAUACAGUCUGAAUAAAGGGUAUGCCUGGGGAGUAACAGCAUUGAUUUUCUCAGUGCUGGCAGCCAUUGUGGGUACAUAUUGGGAUCUCGUUUACGACUGGGGACUUCUGCAGCGCAAUUCCAAGAACCGUUGGCUCAGAGACAAACUUCUCGUUCCUCAGAAAAGUGUAUACUACGUAGCCAUGGUGCUAAAUGUUGUUCUGCGAUUCGCUUGGCUGCAAACUGUUUUAAAUUUCAAGAUGUUUUCAUUACAUAGGGAGACAUUGAUUACCAUUGUUGCUAGUCUUGAGAUUAUUCGUCGCGGUAUCUGGAAUUUCUUCAGGUUGGAGAAUGAGCAUUUGAACAAUGUAGGAAAAUAUCGAGCUUUCAAAUCAGUGCCGUUACCUUUCAACUAUGACGAGGAUGAUGACAAGGAUGAAUAGAUUUUGCAUCAAGAAUUGGAUCAAACACAGAAAUUAAUGAAAUAUUAUAGGAAGAAAUUAAGUGUGAGUUUAAGUCCAAUUAUGUUCAAAAUGAAGAAUUAGUCAGUUGGAUGGUUGAUCUUUACAUAAAUUCAUUUUAUUCUAUUUAUUUUAGUGAUUGAUGUGAGAUAUGUAAUAUAGAUUUUUAAGGCUUGAGGACUUUUCAUUUUGACAUGUGAUCAAGAGAAAAAUAUAGUCUUGUAACUAAAUUAAUUGUAUCCCAGUUUUGUAAGAGAAUUGUAUUCUUUC